AAACCUACAAGGAGAAGAAACCCUACAACCGCUGCUACGCUUGGCGGCUCCCUCCCGACUUGCCUCCGUCCUGCGGCUCCCAUCGUCGCUGCGACGCCGCCUCCUCUGAGACCAACAGGCCGCCGCUCGCCGGGAUCCCUCCCGCCUCCGUCUAUCGACGGGUCUUACCACGCCGUUCGGCCUCGCCAUGGCGCCAGCGGGGGUGGAUACCGAGAAGGACGCUCUGGACGAACUGGAGAUGAACAUGAAGAAGUAUUCGCGGGGGCAUACUGCUGACCUGAAGUCGCUGAGGGACAAGAAGUUGAAAGGGCAGCUUGCUGUGAAAGAGAAGCUCUAUGGCCAGUCUGCGAAAGCUGCUGCGAAGGCCGAAAAGUGGCUUAUGCCUACUGAGGAGGGUUGCUUAGAGCCAGAAGGUUUGGAGAAAACAUACAGAUUUCAACAAGAAUCGAUUGUGAACGAAGUGGAUCUUUUGAGUUCAAGAAAACCAUUUGAUAUGAUCUUACCUGUACUUGGUCCUUAUACUCUAGAAUACACAUCAAAUGGCCGCUACAUGUUAGUAGGUGGGCGAAAAGGCCAUCUUGCAAUGAUGGAUAUGCUGAAUAUGGAUCUCAUCAAGGAAUUUCAGGUGAGGGAAACUGUCCGCGAUGUGGCAUUCUUACAUAAUGAGCAGUUGUAUGCGGUCGCUCAGAAAAAGUACCCCUACAUAUAUAAUCGACAUGGUACAGAAAUUCACUGUCUAAAGGAACAUGGCAAAGUGUUGAAACUCCAAUUUCUGAAUAAACAAUUCCUCUUGGCAUCGAUAAACAGCUUUGGGCAGCUCCACUACCAAGAUGUGAGCACUGGUGAGAUGAUUGCAAACUACAGGACAGGUCUGGGGUGUACUGACGUUAUGCGAGUCAAUCCCUAUAAUGCUGUUAUUGGCCUUGGACAUGCUGGUGGCAAAGUUACUAUGUGGAAACCAACCAGUGUGAAACCCCUUGUCACUAUGCUGUGCCAUAGUGGCCCUGUGACUGCUGUUGCAUUUGAGAGGGGUGGUCAUCUUAUGGCAACGGCAGGCAUUGACAGGAAGAUAAAAAUUUGGGACCUAAGAAAGUAUGAGGUUGUACGUUCUUAUGCAGCGCGUGCUCAAUCUUUGGAUUUUAGCCAGAAGGGUUUGUUGGCCUGCAGUAAUGGAUCUCAAGUAGAGAUAUACAGGGAUUUUGGUGGGCAUGAUUAUAAACUUUAUAUGAAGCAUAGGAUAAUGAAGGGCUACCAGGUUGGGAAGGUCUCAUUCCGCCCUUACGAAGAUAUUUUGGGCAUUGGGCACUCCAUGGGCCUUUCUUCCAUUCUUGUUCCAGGAUCUGGUGAGCCGAACUUUGACACAUUUGUUGACAACCCCAUGGAAACUACCAAGCAGAAGAGGGAGAAGGAGGUGCAUUCUCUCCUCGAUAAGCUCCCACCAGAGACUAUCAUGCUUAACCCAAAUAUGAUAGCCACUGUAAGACCUCCAAAGAAGAAAGAGAAGAAGACCAAGAAAGAUAUCGAGGAAGACAUGGAAGAUGCUGUUGAGGCCGCCAAGAACACUGAGCUCAAAAAGAAGACCAAGGGUAGGAACAAACCCAGCAAGCGAGCCAAGAAGAAAGAGGAAGAGGUUUUCAGAGCCAAGAGACCCUUCCUGGAGCAAUAUAAUGAAAAUACUGGGCGACCUGACAAGAAGCAGCGGAUAGGCGAUGAGGUUGAGCUGCCAAAAGCCUUGCAGCGGUUUGCCAAAAAGACACAAUCAUGAUCAUAACACAAAGCGUCGAGAUAUGGCAGUGGUCCUUAUUUAUCAUUAGUGUGUCUUCAUAAUUUAGCUGGCUGUUAUGUAAAAUUUCCAUGUGAGGAAAUAGUGCACAAAAGAUUGCACCAAAAUUUUGUUCUGAACGUUGACAUUCCAGUUGAGCAUGAUCCUCUAGGUUGAAAUUUA